CUGUUUGGUUUGUCGCAGUAUUAUGACGUAGCCACAUAAAGGACACAUGCGGAAGCUGCUCAGCGCGCACGCGUCCGUUCUGCAGAGCAUCUUUGAACGAUGGAGCUUCAUUCUGCCAAGACAGAGACAUUGAAGGAGGAAGGAGCGACACAGAGGGGAGGAGAGAGGGAGGGAGGAGAGAGGGAGGGAGGAGGACGACAGAAGGCACCGAUGAAGAGGAAACAUGAGGAAGAGGAAGAGGAAGGGCAGGUCUCCCCCACCAAGAAGCUGCAGAUGAUUGAUCACAGUGUGAAGGUAGCGACUCACUACAACAGCCUGCAGGAAGUCGGUCUGGCUGCGCGAAGUCGAAGCAAAAUCUUCUUCAUGAGGAACUUCAACAACUGGCUGAAGAGUGUCCUGAUUGGUGAGAUCCUGGACCAGGUGCGGGGAACAGGGCCUCAGCAGGUUUCUGUGUUGGACCUCGGCUGUGGGAAAGGAGGAGACCUGCUGAAGUGGAGGAGAGGAGGAAUCAAUCACCUGGUCUGUGCAGAUAUAGCUGGAGUGUCGGUGGAGCAGUGUCAGAGUCGGUACGAAGACAUGAGGAAGAAAAGUCACGUUAACGAAAAAAUCUUCAGUGCUCAAUUUAUCAACGCAGACUGUUCCAAGGAUGUUUUGUCAGAGAAGCUGGAUGACCCAGAGCUGAUGUUUGACAUCUGCAGCUGUCAGUUUGUUUAUCAUUACUCAUUCGAGAGCGAACAGAAGGCCGACAUGAUGUUGAGAAAUGCCUGUGAGCGUCUGAAACCUGGAGGUUUCUUCAUUGGUACGACUCCUGACGCCUUCGAACUUGUUAAACGUUUGGAGGCAUCGGACUCUCUGUCGUUUGGUAACGAGGUUUUUAAGGUUUCCUUUCAGUCCAAAGGUUCCUAUCCUCUGUUUGGGUGUCAGUAUCACUUCAGCCUCGAGGACGUUGUCGAUGUUCCAGAGUCCCUCGUCUACUUUCCUCUUUUUGAACACAUGGCGAAGCGUUACAACAUGCGGUUGGUGUUGAAGCAGAGAUUUUCUGAGUUCUUUGAAGAGAAAGUGAAGAAGGAGCACCAUCGCAGCCUCAUGAUGAAGAUGAUGGCUCUACAGCCGUUUCCUUGUGAGGACGGAGGUCGACAGGCUACAGACAGCAGAGGAGAGUAUGGCCAUGCUGAAGAGCACUGCGGCAGAGCUGGAGUCAAACUACCACUGGGCACUCUCAGCAGAUCUGAGUGGGAAGCAGCCAGUAUCUAUCUGGUGUUCAUCUUUCAGAAGAUGUCUUGAUGCUCCAAACAAACAUUUCGUCAUUGUUUUCUGAUCUCACCUGCUGCUCACCUUUUGUGCAGUGUUAACUUUUUUACUUUUAAUUUCAUUUUUUGAUAAACUAUGAACUUUGUUUGUUUUAUUAUCUAAAUAAAUUUAAAGUGAAUGUAAA